CACUGCGUCCGCACCACAGACCACAGACCGCAGACCACACUACUGCUGUGAGUUGUUGUAUUGUAAUUGCCAUGGCGUCACACAUCGAACCUACUAGUACUACGUGCGCGGCUGCGUAGGAUAACACCAACCACGGCGCACGAUAGCCCUCGCCUCACCCAUGCUCGGAGUACUCUGCGCCACUCGCCCCAAGCCUUGGCUCCUCUCCCUCGUCCACGCCUCCCUCCCUCGCCUCGCCGCCGCCUCCCUCUCCCUCUCCCUCUCCCUCUCCCUCUCCGCCUCGCCCCCGCGUCGCCACCACUCCACCGCCUGCAAGCUCCUCGCCCACGCCGGCGGCGCCGCCUCCAUAUGGCACGCCAUCAGGCCACGUGGCGCCCACGGAUUCCGCCUCGCCGUUCAUGAUCCCAAGGGAGAGGGAUCGUGGAAUGUCGCCUGGGACGCCAGACCGGCGCGCUGGCUCCACCGCUCCGAUUCGGCCUGGCUCCUCUUCGGCGUCUGCGCCUGCCUCGCGCCGCCUGCCUGCGCCGACGCCGACGCCGACGCGUUUUCGCCGGACGAGACUUGCGGUCCUCGCCUUCCUCUCGAUGGGAAAGUGGAGGAUGAGGUUUCUGCCGAUUAUAGAAUCACUGGAGUGCCUGCUGAUGGACGGUGUUUGUUUAGAGCAAUAGCUCAUGGAGCUUGCUUGAGAAAUGGAGAAAAAGCACCUGAUGAGAAUCGUCAGAGGGAAUUGGCUGAUGAAUUAAGAGCAAAAGUAGUAGAUGAGCUGCUUAAACGGCGGGAGGAAACAGAGUGGUUUAUAGAAGGUGAUUUUGAUACUUAUGUGAAGAGAAUUCAACAACCUUAUGUAUGGGGUGGAGAACCAGAGCUGUUGAUGGCUUCUCAUGUUUUGAAGACACCGAUAUCUGUUUUCAUGAGAGACACAGGCUCGCUUGAUUUGGUAAACAUAGCAAAAUAUGGCGAAGAAUAUAGGAACCAAAAGGAGAUUUCCAUCGAUGUGCUGUUUCAUGGGUAUGGUCACUAUGACAUACUAGAGACCCUGUGACCAAGGUUGCCUGAAAAUAAACACCUAGCACAGCACAAAACUCAUUUGCCUUGAUCGUAAGGUUUAAGACUUCUCAUAAACAGCUUUUUUUGGGGCCAUUUUGGAAGUGUUUCAGUGAAUUUAGUAACUUUUUGCGACUGUAGUUCGGCUGCAGGGAACUUCGAUUCAAUUCAAGCAACAUGCUGGUGGAAAUUUUGUAGUUUUUUUUUCAUCUGAUGUUAAUAAUUUAAUAUACCAGAAUUAUCAUAGGAAGAAAAUGAUAAUAAUUUGCUACAAUAAUAAUUUGGGAUUUGUGACUGGCUUUAGUGAGUGAAAGGUGGAUUUUUAUAUGGCAUUCAUUUUACUUAAUUAUAUAUUUUGAUGAAUGUGAAAAAAACGAGAGGUUAUGUAAUCAUUUUAAUUUUAGGAGGUUUCUCAGCAUUAGGGAUUAUCAUUUGGUCUUACAAAUUCUUCAUAUGUACAUUUUAAAAUUCUCCAAAUUUGGAGGGUUUUUAUACAUCCAAGCAAAUAGAAUGAAAAAAUGUAUUAAGUUAACA